UGUACUAAUUACGUGUUCUACGGCGUCCUCCGAUUUUAUUCACGGAAAGUGUAUCGCCAUAUUGCUUCCGUGAAUUCAGUGAAAUAUUUGUUAAUUUCUCUUCAAUUAUGACUGCAAUAUCAAAAUGAAGUGAAAGGGAACAAACAACAGGGCAUCAUCGACUGUGUGGAUACGUUUUUGAGCAUCCCAACCUCCGUUAUUACGUGAAAUAGAGCAUGUCGUACGAGAAGAUGGAAGUGGUGAAUCCGGCGGAGAAGGAGGCGAGUGAGGUGCUGCACUCCUUGCUGUCCGUGGAGCGCCGUAGCGUGGACAGCAAGGAGGCCAUCAUCGUGUCCAUUCCCACGGACCAAAACGGCGCCGGCGAGUACGGCGAGAGCGCCCAGUGGCACACGCCCGUCAUGGGGCAGCACUCUGUCUUCGAAAUGGGACCCCCACAGAACAUGCAGCAACACAAUUACAACGGACAUCAAGAGCAGGUUCUCUGGCAAGGACAUACGAUUCAGGUUGAAAAUGGUGAUGGUAACAUGCAGACCAUGCAAACAACUUAUACACUGGAAUUUGGACCUAAUGUUGAUGCCGAGACUGCAGAAUUGGAAGUUGACACAAAGCCUAAAGUUGAGAAAAAGGUUGGAAUGAAAAGGAAGAAAAAGACGGACUCUGAUAGUGAGGAUGAUAUUAUUGAUAACAAACUGGAGGAUAAUCCUACACAGGUCAAAGAAAGGCUUAUGAGGGGCUGUGAGUGUAAGGACAACUGUUAUCGUGGACUCAACCCUGAGGCAGUAUAUCGUCACCGUCUCAACAUUGCUGAACUCACUAAAAGCGAACACGACAUGUACUUGAUGGGAAUUACAAUGGCUAGCUUGGCGAAUCCGGCAGAAACGUCACGUCAUAAGGUCAGAAGGAGACUACGAGCCUGCUACGUGUAUCAAGGACGAAAGGUUUGCUUAGAAGCAUUCUUAUAUUUAGAAAAUGUUACUCACUACCAACUGAAGCGCAUCAGGCAACACGUAAUGACCCACGGCGUCGCGCCGCGGAUACACGGCAACGUAGGUAAGAAGCCGUACAACACGUUCACAUUGGACAUUUACAAACACGCCACGAAUUUCUUGAAGGAGUAUCUCAAGCAGCACGCUCAAUCACCCAAAGACGCUCAGCCCAACGCGGAUGGCAAGAAGGCCAGUAAAACCGUCAUCAUCCAAGGCGACUCGAGAAAGCACUUGUUCGAAGCCUACAAGGAGUACGGGGAGAUUCUCGAGCCCGGCGUAAAGCUAAUGGGCUACUCGACGUUCCGGGCGUUCAUGAAAGAUCAGUUUCCCCAAGUGAAGUUCGCGACCAAAAAGCAGGACCUGCCGAAGGAUAUGGUGCCGUUCCGCAGCGGCAAGUGCAUGUCGUACGACAAGAAUAAAGACCCUGUGAGGCUGCAGCAGGAGAAGGAGAAGGCGGACGCCAAGAAGGCAGCUAUGGAGGCUAAGAAGAAGGAGGAGCACGAGCGCGAGCACCAGGUGCAACAGCAGCAGCAACAGCAGCAGCAGCAACAGCAGCAGCAGCAGCAACAGCAGCAGCAGCAAGUGCAGCAGGUGCAGGUGCAGCAGCAUCAGCAGAUGCAGGGCCAGCCGCACGUGGUGAUCCACCAGCAGCAGGCGCAGCAGCAGCAGUCGAUGCAGCAGCAGAUGCUGGUGCCGCAGGUGUCGCAGCACCAGCAGGUGCUCCCGGGGCAGGUGGGCGGCGUGCAGCAGGUGUCGCAGCACCUGCAGCCGCUGGGCGUGCAGGAGGAGGCCGGCCAGCAGGUGGAGAUGGCGCAGCAGGUCAUCCCGCUGGCGGUGGUGCAGCAGCCGCAGCAGGCCUACCUGGUGACGCCGGUGUCGCACUUCCAGACGCGCGUGCAGGGCGCCUGGUACCGCCAUUGACCCGGCGCGCCGCCGCCGCCGCACGCGCGGGCCGCAGCCUGAACUUUGGCAAUAAGUGAGCGAAUAGGUAGGUGACACCUUUCAGUAUUGGUUAAACUGAGUUAUGGAUAUUUCUAAGUAUAAAGUUAAUCAUAUUUACACGACUUAUAUUAGCACUAGCUAUGUAGUUUUUUUUGUAAUCUAUAAUUUUGUUUAACGGAAAUUACUAAAUUUUGUAUUACCUCUGAUUUUUGUAUACGAAAUGCUUGUUGGACUGCAGAAUCGGAAGAACAGUUGAGGGACUCGGGGGUAGUAUGUUUAAUGUUGGACUCGUUUACGUAAAUGCAGCUUUUCAUUCGAGUUCUUAGUUUGAUGUAACUUCAUUUGUCACUAGAAUCUUUGAGGCUUGAAACAUUAUCUAAUUUCGCUCACCCACCAUGCUAUUCUUAUUACUUGUCUAUGGUUCAAACAAAGACUUGGACUUGAAUCAAAUCUGCAAUGAAGGUAUUAUUUGAUUCAAAUCAGCUUGCAUUCAAUAAAUAUGAUUCUCAUUAUCCUCAACUCAUUAUGUUAUAGCAGUCAUUUUCGUACAUGCCAGUUCUUAAUUACAGCCUAAAAAUAAUCACACAGUUAAAUAUAAGGCAAGAUUCCUAUGACCCCUCGUUGACAAAUGACGCACUACCUAUUGAAGGACAUUAUUUAAUUUUAAUUAAUUUCUGUCUAUUUAUUUGCAUCAGCUGGUUUGAGGCGAAUAAUAGCUAAGCAAUUAUGUAAUUAAAAUUGAAUUGAAAUCUUUCCAAAAACCUCACAGAAAACAUACUACCUACUUGAAAGUCGUGUACUCAGCAUCUAUAUUUUGGAUGAAAUACUAUUUUUAACAUUUUUAAAUCUAAAUGAAAAGGCAUGGCCUGUUUGGUCAUCAAACAUUAUAGCCAAAAAGUAUUUACAUCCAGGAUAUACAGGAUGUUAGGUAAAUGGGUAUAUGAGCCGACACUAGCCCAUGUUAACAUGUGCAUAUAAAUGGUAUGGUAAAGUCAGAAAAUUGAUAUCAUCGUUUAAAUUAUUUGAAUUUUCAUACAAAUCUGAUUUUAUAAAUUUUAUUUUGUAAGAACAUUUAAAAAAUUAAAAUAAUAUGAAAAUUCUGACUUCACCAUACCAUUUAUAUGCAUAUGUUAACAUGGGCUAGUGUUGGCUCAUAUACCCAUUUACCUAACAUCAUGUAGACGCUGUGGACUCGUCAUGGUCGAAAAGAUUUGUCAAAACAAAUUGUUUGAGUUUAUGUAAAUUAUUUAUUUCGACUCAUAAUUUCUUCAUUUACUAAACUAUAAUGCAGUGCCUUCAAAGUAUGUAUGAUGUUAAAUUCGGUAUAGCUUUGGUGUGCAAUUAUUUUGUAAAUGGAUUGACACUAUAUUGGAAUUUCGAUAAUUUACGGCAUAGGUCCUAUAAUGUAAUGAUAAUGGAUGUACCUAUACUGUGAUAGUAAAUUGCUUUGGUGAACUGAUCCAAAAAGGUGAAAUAAUGCAUCACAAACAAUAAACACUUAAAUUUUGAUUUCUGUAUCAUUAAAUACAUAUCAAAAUUUCAUAAGAGAAGUUAAUUUAAAACCACCUAUACAUAUAAAGACUUGGGCAAUAAGCUUAAUUCAUGUAAUUGUAACUUUUGUAGUAUUAUUACAGGGCAAUUAAAAGUACCGACAUUGUCAUUGGUAUGAUUGGCACCGGUAUUUUUAUGAUGGCUAGGUAGGCUUUUUGCUAAAGUUUAUUACUAAAACUAAUUAUGAAAUCCUAAUAUUUUUUUUUAUAUGAUCUCGUGUCUUUAAUUUCACACCUCCAAAAUAUUUUAUCACCUAACUAGCACUCAACCCCAAAGUUUAUAAUUUCAUAUACCGUGUAAUGGCUAUGCUGACAUUGGCAAACGUGGAAACAAUAGCCAUAGAGGAGAAAAUAUUUUAUUUUAUCACUGCCGUUGGAUGACAUGUUGUCUAUGUAUGGUCUUGGUCAUGUCGGUAUUUUUCCUGUAAUCUUGAAUACGACUUUAAUUUAGUAUUAUGUUUUAAUACAACGGUUGCUCGAUGCCUCCGUCAUCUAACGAAGUUUGAAGUUAUUCAAUUAUUAUUAGAUGUAAUAUUUUUUUCCUAGACCUACCUACAUAAUGACAGUCGAGAUUAAAUUAAGUUUUUAGUAUAUAUUUUAAUGUCAUUUCCUAAAAAUAAAAUUGGAAAUCAACUUUCUAAUUAAUUAAGGAAUACGGGCCCAUAUUAGUUUUUUUAAGUAAGUGGCAGGCAAUCCUGAAUAUAUUUUCUCUAAACUUCAUGUCUUGUCUAUUUUAAUCAACAAAUGACUACGAAAACAUUGUCUUGUUACUUGUUAGUUUAGAGACUCGGGAGUCGUGCCAACUUUUACACAUUCAAAAUUAUGUUUUAUGUCUUUGCUGAACGGCUCUUUUUUCAUUUUAGCCCUUUUUUAAACAUGGCCAUGUUUAUAAAAUAUUGUUAGUAUUUAUUCAUAGUCAAAUCAAAGAAUAUUAAUGUCUAGAACUCAAAAUCGAAGCAAAUAAUACUAUGUACCGACACCAAAUAUUUGGUGCUGAAUAUCAAAUAUGUGCGUUCAGCAAUUUUUAUAUGUUCAUGUACACGUCAUAACGUAAUUUUUAUAGUUAUAUAUUUUUCAAGAAAUGUCGUUUUUAUCCAAGGACGUGUGAUUAAGAAAAUUAUUGUGAGGAAUUUCAUGAUCGUUUCUGACUACGAAACCUGUGAAUAUUUUAUAUUCAGGAUUAAUGUUUUGAAUUAAAAUUAAAUUACUCAAUUAAAAUUAAAUUGAGUCGAACAACUUGUAUUAGAGUGAGACAGUAGCAGCAUUCUCUGUGCGUUCCAUCAUAAAGACCAAUCGAAAAAAGGAACGCAGCAGGGAGUUAAUUUAAAAAAUAUCAUGUUUAAUUGCAUUUGCAUAUUUUCAGUGGUUUGGACGAUCUUGAAAUUACCUGUGUGGUUUCGCGUUAUACGACUGUUAAUCGAAAAGGCGAAGUGGAAAUCUCAUUUUAUCUGGAGUUAAGUUAGGCAUAGUGUAAUUUAUGUAACUGAUAGAAGUGUGUAAUCAUAAUCAUUACUAUAGAUAGACAGUACAGAAAUGUGCCUAGAAAUAUGCUUAUCCAUGUAUUUUUAUAUAGUGCAAUAAUAUCUGAUGUGAGAUUCGGAGCAGAUUUUCAAGACGUGUCUUGAAGUGCAGUCUCUGUUGUUAUAGUACAUUCAAAUGAGAAUCGAUUAUUUUAAUUGAGCCAUUAGACUGAAACCAGAAAAAUAUUUUAUCAAAACAUUAGUAUCGGGGACUAAUUUGCUUCGAAUCGUAGUGAUUUCCCGUUAGCAUAAUAUUCGGCAUCUAUGUUCCAAAAUUACCGUAGGAAGACAUGAUGUGAUAGACAUUAAACUUUUUUACGCUAUA